UGCAGCACUCACUAGAUUUUCUGGUCGGGUUAUAAAUGGAAAGACUACCAAAUGAACUGCAUGUCUUUCCCAGGUAAAUAUUUAUGAAUGGCUGGAAACAGCGGAAGGUUUGUUGUGACUUCACCCGAGUAUGAAUCCCCUCUUAGGUGCACAUGCACACCGAACGUUCAGCCGGUAGAGUAAAAUUGUGGAAGAGAAAUACUAAAGAGCUUUAUUCGUUUCUCCCCGUAAUAAAAUCUACCCGACUGCUUUUGGGGAUUGUCAGCCGUGGCCAUGGCCAAGUCUCGGAUACUCUUAUUGGUGAUGUGCUUCAGUGUUCUUCAGUUUGGAUGUGGCACUGCCUCCCGCAUCAAGAAGGCUGUUCCAACUGUACAGAAAGAAGAAGAUGACAUAAGGACACAGAUUGACAAAAUAUGGCAGGAAAUUAACUCUUUAAAAGAGAUGCAGGCACUUCAAACAGUUUGCUUGCGUGGCAUUAAAGCCCACAGGAAGUGUUACCUGAUUUCUGAACGGACCAAACAUUACCAUGAGGCGAACGAGGACUGCAUCGCACAGGGAGGAACCCUGGCCAUUCCCCGGGACAUCAACGAAAACGAUGAAGUGAGAGAUUAUGCCAAACGCAGCUCGCCUGGAUCCAAAGAUUUUUGGAUAGGCAUUACAGAUAUAGUAAAAGAGGGCCAGUAUGUAGAUGUGAACAGUCAGCCUGUCGCUUUCUUUCACUGGGAUCGCUCUAAAAAAGAACCAACGGGAGGAAAAAGAGAGAGUUGUGUCGCUCUUUCAUUGGCAGCACAGGGAAAGUGGCAUGACGAGGUUUGUCGCAGCCAAAAGAAAUAUGUGUGUGAAUACCUGAUACCAUGA